UUUAAAAGUAGUCCCUUCCUCGUUGAACCCAAAUUAAUAAAUUAGUUCCUUCUGAUAUAGAGAGAUCAAUAUGAAUAGAUAAUAAGCGAACAUGGAAGACUGAGUGCUUGGCAUGAAAGCAGAAAUCCAGCUUUUAUUAAUCAGCUCUCUUCACAAUGAGGAAUAAGCUGAAGAAGCGAAAUCAAGAAAGAAAAUCUUCCAACAGUCGUAAGAAAGAAAAAGCAGAAUAAAAGAAGUAAAAUAAUGGGAUCUAUUUCCUCAGACUACAUGAAGGGAAGACCCUACUCAAGUAUUCCUUUGGAAGAGGAAAACCGAGAACAUGAAGAGGAAGAUGAAGAGGAGGAAGAGGGGACAAGUUUGAUUAGAAAUAAAGUUGGAAAUGAUUAUUAUGCUGAUGUGUUGAAGGAAGAGAGUGAAGAGACUGAAUGUGUCACCGAGUUCAAGCCUAUAGCGCAUCCAAUGGAGCCGUUGGAAGAAGACCAGCCCACAAUGUUCCCAGAUCCCAUGCUUAAUUCAUCAAUACUAAGUGUCAGAGAGAUGACCAUGAUGCUUUCCUAUUUCAGCUGAGCUUAAGUCUUAUUCAGUUCACCAUCGCCCACAGUCUGUACAAGUUAAAUGAACUUAGCCCGCUAUUCUUUUUUUUUUUCUUUUUUGUGUCAUUUUCCA